GUGGUGGGAGAUGCUGCUGCUCCUUCUGCUCACAAAUGCUUUUGUCCUUCUGCCCUGGGCUGGGGCUGGAAGGAUCAUCGGUGGACGAGAAGUUAAGCCCCAUUCCAGACCCUACAUGGCUUAUUUAGAAAUUCAAACUGUCUCACAGAGUUAUUCCUGUGGAGGGUUUCUGAUUCACCCAGACGCAGUGCUCUCAGCAGCUCACUGUGUGGCUAUGAAAGGGAUAUUGAGGGUCACUGUGAUUCUGGGAGCCCACAAUGUCAACAGACGAGAAUGGAGCCAGCAGAGGAUCCCUGUUGGCCAGUGGGUCAUCCAUCCUGAUUAUUGCCCUGAAGACUUGAAAAAUGACAUUGUGCUGCUGAAGCUGAAGCAAAGAGCCUGGAUCAAUAGGAAUGUGCAAUGUAUCUCCAUUGCCAAGGAAAAUGAACGUGUGGAAGAAGGAGCUGAAUGUCAUGUGUCUGGAUGGGGCCGGAUAUCUAUGAGAUGGAACAUGACGUCUGAUGUCUUGAGGGAGGUGGAACUGAAGGUGCAAAAUGAGGAAAUCUGUGAGCAGCAUUUCCAUAACUACCAGCGACAGUCUAUGAUCUGUGUUGGUGAUGCAUACAGUAACAAAGGAUCUUACAAGGGUGAUUCUGGUGGCCCAUUAGUCUGCAAUAAGAAAGCUCAUGGCAUUGUUUCUUAUGGACCAGAACUCAACCUCUUCCCUGAGGUAUUCACCAGGAUCUCGUACUUUGAGCCCUGGAUCCAUAAGGAGCUGAGGAGGUUUGCACUCCAAGAUAUUCCUGGCUCUCCAUCCUCUGACUAAAAUGCUCAGUGCCCCUUCUCCACAAUGCAUCAAACCCCUGCUGGUGCUCAGAAGCUCCCAGGGGCAGCUGAAGUAGAGUCAGAGAAGCCCCUGUGGUGCAGGCACAGCCUUUGGCACUAAGGAGAGUCUCUGUGGCAAGGUGCAAAUGCAGGUCCCAAGUACACCCAGCCUCCCACUGCUCCUUUCCUCUCACUGCUGCUCCAGCUCUGCUUCUGGCCAUCAAUAAAAGCAUGUUCAAACUCA